AUGUCCCGCAGAACAUCCUCCAUGGCAUCAAGCAAUUCCAAAAAUGUCCCACCUUCAAACGACGGAGGGCAGGAAAGGCAGAAAAUGCUACUUGGUGAAGAAAAUGGCCACUUCAGCAUGGUGAAAGCUCUCCACCUUGCCGACUUUGUUACUCUGCUUAAUGAAGAUCAAAUGGCUAACUCAAGCAUUAUUACCAGGGUUCUCCGGAGGCAAGUCUUAUUAUUACCAAUAUCCAACUUAAUGCUAACCGCCGGAGCAGUCAUGUCCGUGUUCUCGUCUAUACGCUAUUGUCUCGGAGACCCCUCGGAUGUCGGAAACGUAUAUGCUGCUAUUGGCCUCAGCUGGCUUGGUGGUUGGUUCGACCUCAUGGAUGGAAAGAUUGCGCGCUGGCGUAAGAAGUCCUCCCUCAUGGGUCAGGAGCUAGACUCACUUGCAGACCUGAUUUCCUUCGGUCUCGCCCCCGCAGUAGUUGCGUUUGCGCUCGGUCUUCGCACGAAUGUUGAUCAUAUCCUUUUGACUUUCUUCGUUCUGUGCGGCCUGACUCGUCUGGCCCGAUUCAACGUUACUGUUGCAAUGCUACCAAAGGAUAAGACUGGCAAGUCCAAGUACUUUGAAGGAACACCUAUCCCCACGUCUCUGUCUAUAACCAUGUUUAUGGCUUACUGGGCCUACAACGGCUGGACCCACGAGAACCUGCCCUUGGGAGUUUUCGCCGAAGGCACUCUUUUGGAGUUCCACCCCAUUGCCUUGCUUUUUGUUGUGCAAGGUUGUUUGAUGGUCAGCAAGACUCUGCGUGUCCCCAAGCUUUGA